UGUGGCUGAUGGGGUCGCUUUUAGAUACUGGGCCGUCUUGAUAGCACCUCCUGAGUUGACUUUUAUUACACAGUACACCAAUCCUUUAUCCCCCUUUUCAAACCUCCGAUUCAAGACGUCUGCGGGUGCAAUUUUGGCACUUUCACAUACCGCGACCAAACGAGCCGACGUGCUUACCACGCACGGCCACCCGAGUAAUUUUUUCCUUACCCCUACCUUCCCAUUGCUUUAUCUCCCCGUCGGUCGCGACGCUCGACGCCAUCGCAAUCGAUGCUCCUAGAUUGAUUACGGUCCUAGCGACACGCGCUUCCCACGAUAAGUCGUCCCCGGCGGCGUCGCACACGUGUCCACACCUCGAUCCACCAUCCAAAGUGUUCCUGGCCGCUCGCGAUUGAUCUCGCCCGGCCGGUCGCACCCAUCCAGACGUCCCCCCGUCUGACGGGCCCUUCGACACAGCCCCGUCGCCAUGAGGCUAUCACCGCUCUCGCUAUGUCUGGGCCUCGCCUCGGUCGGCGCCGUGGCUGGCGCUGAUACUGGGCCGCCCAACCACGAUCCCACAAAGGAGAACACAUAUUUCAACCUCCAGAAGGUGGUUCCUCUGGUCGAGCUGACGCCAGACAACUUCGCCAAGGAGAUCAAGGGCUCCAAGUUCCACUUUGUGAAGCAUUACAGCCCAUACUGCCCUCACUGCCAAGACUUCGCGCCUACCUUCCAGACUCUAUACGAGUUUUACUACACCUCGAAACCCGAAGGCUCAGACGCCAGCUUCACCGAUUUCUACGACUUCAAGUUCGCGACGGUAAACUGCAUAGCCUACUAUGACCUGUGUAGCACGAACGGCGUUACAUCGUACCCUACCACGAUCCUCUACAAGAAUGGCGAGGCUGGCGAGACCUUCAGGGGAGUUAAGAACAUGACGGUCCUGAGCGACGCCGUCGAGGCCGUCCUCGAAGCUGCAAAGCCUGGUUCGAGGCCGAAGAAGCUGGCGCUCCCGAAACCUGGCGACAAGGAAUCACCCAAAUCCGACGGUGCCAAGCCCGAAAAGGAGGCUGCCAAGGCUGCCUCCAAGGAGACUACCGGCAAGGACGCCAGCGAGAAGACGGAUGACAAGCCAAAAAGCGAGGAGCUCAAGAGGGACGAUGUCAAGAAGGACGACACCAAGAAGGAAGCGCCAGCAAAGGACUCGGCCGCCAAGGAUACCUCCAAGGGGACCGACGAUGCCAAGACGGGCUUCAAGAUGGAAAUAUCGAAAGACAGCCCCUACCUCGUCAUCCCGAACCCCUACACGUCGAAGCCCAAGAAGGAGAACAAACCAGCCACCGAGGCUAACCCCAACGGCCUUUCGGUAUCUCUGACCGCUGAGACCUUCCAGACGCUCGUCACCAUGACCCAGGAGCCCUGGUUCAUCAAGUUCUACGCCCCGUGGUGCCACCACUGCCAGGCCAUGGCUACCAGCUGGCAGCAACUGGCCAAGGAAGUCAAGGGCAGGCUCAACAUUGGUGAGGUAAACUGUGACGUCGAGGCCCGCCUGUGCAAGGACGUCCACCUCCGAGGAUAUCCCACAAUCCUCUUCUUCAAGGGUGGCGAGCGUGUCGAGUACGAUGGCCUUCGCGGCCUCGGCGACUUCAUCCAAUACGCCGAGAAGGCUGUCGAUAUCACGGCUGGUGUCGCCGAGGUCAAUGCCGAGUCUUUCGAGGCACUGGAGAAGAAGGAGGAUGUCAUCUUUGUGUACUUCUACGACCACGCCACGACCAGCGAGGAUUUCCUGGCCCUCGAGCGCCUCCCUCUGAGCCUUAUCGGCCACGCCAAGCUUGUCAAGACCAACGACCCGAAGCUUUACAAGCGCUUCAAGAUCUCGACCUGGCCGCGUCUGUUGGUGGCCCGCGAGGGUCGCCCGACGUACUACACACCCCUCACUCCAAGGGACAUGCGGGACAGCAACCAGGUGCUCAGGUGGAUGAAGUCGGUCUGGCUGCCUAUCGUACCCGAGAUGACGGCCUCCAACGCGCGCGAGAUCAUGGACGGCCGGCUCGUUGUGCUUAGCAUUCUCAACCGCAAGGAUGAGGAGUCCUUCAACAGCGCCAUCCGCGAGAUGAAGAGCGCCGCCAACGAGUGGAUGGACAAGCAGAUCGUCGCCUUCCAGCAGGAGCGCAAGGAGCUGCGCGAUGCCAAGCAGCUCCGCAUCGAGGAGGCUGAGGACCGCGGCGACCAGCGGGCCCUGCGCUCUGCCAAGAGCAUCCGCAUCAACAUGGACAAGUCUGACCGCAAGGAGGUCGGGUUCGCCUGGGUUGACGGCGUCUUCUGGCAACGCUGGAUCCGCACCACGUACGGCAUCGACGUCAAGGACGGAGAGCGCGUUCUCAUCAACGACGAGGAUAGCCGCCGCUACUGGGACCAGACCGUUACGGGCAACUACAUCAUCCCCUCGCGCACCUCGAUCCUCGAGACGAUCGGCCAGGUCACGCGGUCGCCCAACAAGAUCAAGCCCAAGCUCACCAUCUCGAGCUUCGAGAAGGUCUUCUUCGACAUUCGCCAAACCUUUACGGAGCACCCCUACCUCACCUUUGGCUGCCUUCUCGGUCUGGCUCUGGGCGGUGCCUCGUGGUUCCGCGGCCGGCUCCGGCGCACGCGCGGCCACUUCCGUCUGGGCGAGGAGAACCUGGGCAUGAAGGAGAUGAAGGCGCCCAUCCUCGGAGCCAACGCCAACGGCAAGGUGGACUAAAACGCCCAGCGAGAAACCCCCCCGGGCAUUUUACUCGGGGAGGCGGUGGGAGGGGGAGAGGGACUGGCUUUCUCGGCCCCUGUCGGAAACGAGUAUCAAGACCUUUGAUUAUCUAUUUCCUUGCGUACAGCGGAGUCGACUUCGAUUUGACGGGCCCUUUUUUUUCUUUCUCUUAUCUACCGUGCACUUUAUUUUGCGUUUGAGGAAAGAAAAAGGGUAUCAGUACGUUUGUAUAAUACGUCCCUUGUUUCUACGGACCAAGCUGGCUACCACCACUUUCGCAUAGAACAGCGCCGCCCACUAACCGCUAUCCUUUGGUUUUCUACGCCUGGCUCAAUUCGGCACUCAUGGUUGGCAAGUCAUGCGCACCUGCGGUGAAGUGGGAGACAGGACAUGGGCUACAGCCAGGGGAGGAGCAUGCGCGCCUUGUGCGCAGAGUUCUGUUAUAGAGAAGGGAGGGCGGAGGGCGGCAACACAAAUUCACGAGGCAACAGCUUGGAGGGUGCCUUGUUCUGGUUUUGUUUCUCGUGCUGGUUUUCUUGCUAUAGAAUCGGGCAUGUACGGGGGGGCUGGCAAACACAUUUGAAUAAUAAUACUGUGUCUCGUUUUACUCUUCGCGAAUAGUAGUCAAGGCAUCAGACCAAGGGCAAUUACAGUGUAGUGCGACCUCGACACAAAGAAUCGACCAACAUGGCCCCCG